AUGGCAAGACGCGCUACGAAUUCUGACGACACUUCUGCAGCAAUAGUAGCACAGCAGCGCAUUCUACAGCUCAAAAAGGAGCGAGACGGAAAAGUCAAGGACGUGGUCGCCAAAAUCCUCGCAGAUUUGGACGAUAUCAAGCGCCAGGUGUCGCAAGAACGGGAGGAGCACGAACGGCGGAGAAAGCAGAAAAAGGCCAAGAUAUUGUCGGAUAUUGCAAAGUCGAUGCAGAAGCGAAACGCGAUUGAAGAAGACAUGAUGGCUGUGGUGUCGGGUCUCAACACGACCAUGAUGCAGUUGGAGACUCGUGUGAUGGAGGUCUACGAUGUCAAGGAGCGUGAAGUGCAGCAAUUGCUGUAA